AUGGACGCAGAGCUGACUGUCAACAGCACUUUUGUUGUUAAUGACAUACAUCCCUGCUAUGAAUCACAUAAUUCAACUUACUUGUUUACAAGCAACCCUUCAGUAAUAUGUGUUUCGGUGUAUAUUUUCCUUGGCUCAUUAUCCAUUGCGACAAUAUGUGGAAACCUCCUUGUUAUAAUCUCUAUUGGUUACUUCCAACAGCUCCACACUCCCACUAACUACCUGAUCCUCUCUCUGGCUGUGGCCGACCUGCUUGUUGGAGUUUUAGUUUUUCCCUUCAGCAUGGCGUUCACUGUCACCUCAUGUCUGGUUCAUGAAAAUGUAUUUUACAGAUAUUAUGCAGUUUGUCAGCCGCUGACGUACAGAAGUAAAAUAAAUGUCCGUGUCGCAGUGAUCAUGAUCCUGGUGAGCUGGGGUAUCUCUGUUCUAAUCGGGGUCAUUAUAAUAUUUGCAGGAUCCAGCCAGGGGACAUGUGAAGAACUGUGCUCUGUUUAUGUUGUCAUAGCGAAUACUAUGGGUCCUGUUUUCUCUUUUUACCUCCCAGCGAUAAUAAUACUCAGUAUCUACUUUAAAAUCUUCCUUGUUGCUCAGAAACAGUUGAGCAGCAUCCAGAGCACAAAGUCUGAAGCAGCCGUCAGUAAGAUGGAGAGGAAGGCCACCAAAACUCUAGCUACUGUUAUGGGAGUUUUUCUUUUGUGUUUGACUCCUUUCUUUUUAUGCAUCGUCUUUCAGCCUUUGGCUUAUUAUCCCCCACCCGUCCCUGUGAUCGAGACACUGAACUGGCUCACGCUGUCCAAUUCAAUGCUGAAUCCCUUAAUUUAUGCUUUUUUUUACAGCUGGUUCAGGUCGGCUUUCAAAAUCAUUAUUUCUGGAAAAAUAUUCCGAGGUGACUUUGCCAACAGUAAAUUAUUUUAA